AGCACUUCUUGAGCUACAUAUAGUCAUGGCUUCCAACAAGCUAUUCAUCUUAGCCUUGCUUGUUGCAUUGCUAAGCAAUACAAGCAAUGCAGCUCGCCGUCUUCUUGAUACUCCGGCAGCACCAACAACACCGACGACACCGCCAACUAUUCCAAAUAUGCCCACUAUACCUACAAUACCGACUAUUCCGACUAUUCCAACAACACAAAUUCCUCCAUUGCCAUCUCUACCAAAGCCUACAAUACCAGGAUUAGUUAUUCCAACAAUGCCAGCAGCUACAUUGCCUCCUAUUCCAUCUAUUCCAUUGCCAACCAUGCCUACUAUUCCAAAGAGUAUUCCUCCACUGCCUUCUUUUCCAAAUGUUAUUCCUAAUUUUCCUACUAUUCCUGGUUUUAAGAUGCCACCUUUGCCUUUCUUCUCACCACCUCCUGCUGCUACUAGUCCUUGAACUAUUAUUUUGCAUGGUAUGAGAUUGGUUUGUAUUGAUUUGGUGUCGUUUGAGUUAUGUAUUACUGAGAGGUGUUGUACGUGUUCGUGCUUUAACUAGUGUUUCUUGGAUCUGUGUGUAUUAAUUAUUGUAUUUGAGCGUGGUUCCAAUUGUCGUAAUAUGUUUUG